UUUCUUCCUUUUAUGUUUCAGAAAAAAGGUCUAGUUUUUUCCCUCUGGCUGGAGGAGAGAGAGACGGAGAGGGGAGGGGGUCAGAAACCGAUCUCAGAGGCUCGUUGUUUGUUUUUGUUUCCUGAGAAAAUGGAGUGAGAAAGAAAAUUCUUAUAGUGGGAUUCUCAGGUUUUUUUUGGUUUUUUUUUUUUCUGCUACAUUUUCUGAUUAAAAUCAAAAGAAAUUUCAAAUGGGGGCAGAGAGCGCCUCGAACUCAAACUCCGAACGUCGUGGUGGUGGGAACACCAUUUACGAGACCCCAGUUGUGUUGAAUGUCUACGACCUCACACCUGCCAACCAAUACACCGUUUGGUUCGGUUUGGGAAUCUUCCAUUCUGGUAUUGAAGUCCAUGGAAUGGAAUAUGGAUUUGGCGCCCAUGACUUCCCAGUUAGUGGAGUGUUUGAAGUGGAGCCGAAAAGCUGCCCUGGUUUUAUAUUUAGAUGUUCCAUCCCACUGGGUCAUACAAGUAUGCCUCCCUAUGAAUUUCGGACAUUUAUUGAGAGUGUGGCUUCUGAGUACCAUGGGAAUACCUAUCACCUCAUCUCCAAGAAUUGCAACCAUUUUACAAAUGACAUUGCAUGGAGACUCACAAGCAAACAUAUCCCUGGGUGGGUGAACCGGCUUGCCCGGCUAGGUUCUGUAUGCAGUUGUCUGCUUCCUGAAAGCCUUCAAGUAACUACUGUUAAACAGCUGCCUGAGUACCAUGCUUGUGCAGAAGAAGAUGGGACAGAGUCUUUGUCAACCACCACCCGUGAGUCAACAGAAAGUGAUGAUGCAAAUCAAGAUAAGCUCCUGCUGUCACCGCCUGCUCGUGGCUCGGAUGUUGCUUUUAUUAAAGAGAGGCCCGAUGGUGACAGUAAGCUGCCUGCUUGAAAUUGAUCUUUUAGCACUGUGGAAGAGGGGAAAUUCUUCCUUCACUGAUCUUUAUUUUGUCAUGAAAGGCAGCCUUAAGACGAAUACCCGCUCUCCAUUUUCAUAGCAAAGUUGGGAAUCAUUGCGUCAUUGAUUGUGUGCAUGAUGUUUGCUUGCUUUGCUGUAGUUUUUUUUAUUUAGACUUUUUUUUGCAUUUCUCUGUAUUUAAUUUAAGUGGAAAUUGGGAGUGAAGAAUAUGGAAACAGAAGGAAAUGGGGUUGUAAUUUAUUUUGUAUAAAUUUUCUGUGUUGGACUCUGAGCAAAUUGGAAAUGCCAUCUCAACUUGUUAAAUUUUCUAACAAA